AUAAAUUACUUUCAGAAAUCAUACGAAGAGCAGAGUGAGUCUUUAUCUAAUCUUUAAUUUGCUCAUCGUAUACAGUAGACCAGACCUUUGGCCUCUGUUGCCAACGCAUUAUUCCUCGCGUCGAGCUCAUUCACGGUCGGCUACGUGACACCUGACACCUCUGUGCAACGCACACGCACACACGCACACGCAGGCUGGCACACCGAGUUUGGCCGAAAGAAAAGGCGCCGAGUUAACUCAAUAGGAAACAUGUUAUCGAAAGUGAACGGCCACGAACCAGUAGUACAGUGUCGGUUUAAAAGUAUCAUUCCAAACGACGCACUUGCAUGCCCACCUCGCCCAGCGGAUCUGAACAGAGCUGUGUAGCGCUCCCUCCUCUGUCCGCGGGAACCAUAGAUGACAAGCUCAGAGCUGCCUGCAGCAUCUAGCGCGGGUUCCAGAAGCGGACCAUGGCGAGACGGAUGGAAGUUUACCUCUUAUUUUUUAUCCUUUUCACAUCGUUUUGCCGCCACGCAAACGGACAAGUGAGCCUUAACGAGAUAACAGGAUUUAGUUUGAGUCCACCUUAUUUCAACCUUGCCCAGGGUUCAGAUAUUUCCGCCACCGCCACUUGCGGACAGGAUGAUUCUGGGAGCCCGAGAUCUGAUUUAUAUUGUAAACUUGUCGGAGGACACAACACUGGAUUCAAUGUUCAAAAUAUUCAGGGUCAAUUCUGUGACCACUGCAACUCCAAUGAGCCAAAUAAAGCCCACCCGGUUACAAAUGCGAUCGAUGGGACAGAGCGCUGGUGGCAGAGUCCUCCUCUCUCCAGAGGACCCAAAUACAACCAGGUGAACAUCACCCUGGACCUUGGGCAGCUCUACCACGUGGCGUACAUCCUCAUCAAGUUUGCCAACUCCCCCCGCCCCGACCUGUGGGUCCUGGAGCGCUCUGUGGACAACGGGAAGACCUACAGGCCCUGGCAGUACUUUGCACACUCUAAGCACGAGUGCGUGGAUGAGUUCGGGAAGCAGCCCAACCGACGCGUGGAACACGACGGCGACCAGAUCUGCACCACGGAGUACUCCAAAAUCCCUCCGCUGGAGAACGGAGAGAUCGUGGUGUCUCUGAUCAACGGACGGCCGGGCUCCAGCAACUUCACCUACUCCCCGGUGCUGAGGGACUUCACCAAGGCCACCAACAUCCGCCUGCGCUUCCUCCGCACCAGCACCCUGCUGGGACACCUGAUCUCCAAGGCCCAGCGCGACCCCACUGUCACCCGCAGGUACUACUACAGUAUCAAAGACAUCAGCGUUGGUGGACGCUGUGUGUGUCACGGCCAUGCACAGGAAUGCGGUGUGCGGGGCCAGGCCAAUUCCAACAGACGACAUUGCGAGUGCACACACAACACGUGCGGCGAGUCCUGUGAUCGCUGCUGCCCGGGCUUCAACCAGAGGGCGUGGCGCGCUGCCACCGCAGACAGCCCCAACGCCUGCCAGCCUUGCCAGUGUUUCUCCCAUGCGUUCGACUGUUAUUAUGACCCUGAGGUGGAGCGGCGGGGGGCAAGUUUAGACUCCUCCGGCGGCUACGGCGGUGGGGGCGUGUGCAUCGGCUGCCAGCACAACACUGCGGGGGUGAACUGUGAGAAGUGUGCUGAGGGCUUCUACAGACCUCACCAUGAGCGCCCUGAGUCUGGGUGCAUACCUUGCAGUUGUGAUCCCAGUAUAACAGCCGGCUGUGAGAUGGGGUCUGGUCGCUGUAUCUGCAAGCCGGGGAUCAGCGGACACAACUGUGACCUCUGCGCCGACGGUUACUAUGGUUACCCCCAGUGUGUCCGAGAUACCACCCACCUGACCACCACCAUCAGCACCACCGUAAGCCACGCAAACAUCAAAGCCUGCCCUGUGGGUUAUUUUGGACCACCCAGCUGUCAGCAGUGUGUCUGCGACUUCCGGGGGACGGUCAGCAACGUGUGUGACGCCUCGGGACGCUGCCUGUGCAGGCAGGGGGUGGAGGGGCCGUACUGUGAGCGGUGCCGGCCCGGACACCACUCCUUCCCCGGCUGCCAGGGACUGGAGUGUCGGUGUGAUGGGGCCGGGGCGGCUGACCCCCCUGCCUGCGACCCGACCGGCCGAUGCCUCUGCCUCGGCAACUACGCCGGCGAGCGCUGCGACCGGUGUGCUCAGGGUUACUAUGGUUACCCGGACUGUGCUGCCUGCCAGUGUUCACGGGAGGGCUCCUACGGGGACUCGUGUGACCACGUGUCCGGCCAGUGUCUGUGUAACCCUGGGGUGGCCGGCCAGAGGUGUGAUCGAUGUGCUGGAUGGGGGCCUCAGUUCCCCCGAUGUGAAACCUCCAUAAGACAGUGUAACCCUGCAGGCUCAGAUGUCAGCCAUCCUCAAACGGGCCCUUGUCGCUGCCUAGCCAACGUAGAGGGAACCUUCUGUGACCGGUGUAAACCGCUCUACUGGAAACUGACCAUGGACAACCCCGAGGGCUGCACAGAGUGCAUGUGUGAUUUGAAAGGGACCCUGAGUGGUGUGGGGGAAUGCCAGCAGAAGAGCGGACAGUGCCACUGUAAGCCGCACACGUGCGGGCCGUCCUGUGACACCUGUAAGGAAGGCUUCUACCUGCUGCAGAAGAGGAACUACUUUGGCUGUCAAGGCUGUGAGUGUGACGUGGGCGGAGCUACUGGCAUGGCCUGUGACUUUGGGUCCGGCCAGUGUCGCUGUCGGAAGAACAUAGUCGGCCGAACCUGCUCUCUGCCGGCUCCGAGCCACUACUUUCCCAGCCUGCACCAGCUGAAGUAUGAGGUGGAGGACGGCGUCACUCCCAAUUCCCGGCCAGUGCGCUUCGGGUUCGAGCCCCGGGUGUUCCCCGGGUUCAGCUGGAGGGGCUAUGCCGUGCUCUCCCCGGCACAGAGUGAUGUCAGAGUGAAAGUGCAUGUUGAGGGGAGGGAGGCGAGGGAGAGCUGGUACCGGCUGGUGCUGCGCUACUCUAACCCCAGUGGGUCCAGUGUGACCGGUACGGUGGAGGCCACCGGUAUCAGGGCCGCCCCAGGGUCCCAGCAGAGCCAGGAGGUGGUGUUCCCCGCCGGCCCCGGCCCGGCCUUCCUCACCGUCCCCGGGGACGGCUUCGCCCAGCCCUUCGUCCUCACCCCCGGGAACUGGUUCAUCCACAUCCGGGCUCAGGGAGUGCUGCUGGAUUACCUGGUGUUGCUGCCCAGAGACUUCUACCAAGCCCCGCUGCUCCAGGACAAGAUCACCCAGCCCUGCAAUUACUCAGCCAGUCCAGACGGAGACACCAGCUGUCUGCUGUAUAAGCAUGUGGGGAUGGACGGCUUCAGCUGGGUGCUGGGCUCCCAGGGCCGGCUCUCAUCCCGGGGGGGCCGUCGGAGAAGGCAGGCCCGUGUCCGCCGGCUCUCCCCAGAGCACCCCCCCAUGGCCACGCUCAGCGGGAGACAGUCCACGCUGCAGCUGAACCUGCGCGUGUCCCGUCCCGGUCCGCACGCCGUGGUCCUGGAGUACGCAAGCGAGGCGGACAUGGUCCAGAACGUGAACCUGGUCCUCACGGGCCACUCCAGCGAUCAGAUUCAGGCCCGGGCCAACAUCUACAGCUGCUCCUACAGUUUCCUGUGUCGGAGCGUGGCGGUGGGCGGCAACAGCCGGGUGACGUUCCUACAACUGGAGCACCGCAACGAAAUUCUCCUGCACGCCUCCUCCGCCAACUUCCUGCUGUUCAAGGUGUAUGCGGUGCCCGCGGAGGACUUCUCCAUGGACUACGUACAGCCCAGAGUCCUCUGUGUUUCUGUCCAUGGCCGCUUCACUGACGACAGCCAGUACUGCCUGCCGAGCCAGUUCCCAAGGCCGGCCUCGGCGUGGGUCCUGGACGCGGCCAGGGAGGGCCGGAGGUCCCCGUCCCAGGGGGGGUCCCCCCAGCGGAGGGAGGGCGAGGACUGGAGGCUGCGGCGUCAGACCGGGCUGCUCCCCCUCACCGGACCCCCCAGCGAAGGGGUGCUGCUGAAGUCUCCACAGACGGAGAUCAGCUUCCGCCCCAGGGUGCCAGUGCCGGGCCGAUACGUGGUGGUUCUCCACUACCGCCAGCCGGAGCACCCGUCCUUCCCCGUGGGGGUCCUUGUGGAGGCGGGACGCGCCUGGAACGGCUCGGUGGAUGCGUCCUUCUGCCCCAGCGUGUCAGGCUGCAGGGAGGUGGUGGUCGCAAGCAACCGCAUCGCCCUGGAGUUUGAGGGGGGGCGAGAGCCCACCAUCACAGUCAAGAUCCCCCCCGGAAAGACCCUCACUCUGGACUACGUCUUGGUGGUGGCUGAUGACAGCUACAGCCCAGACCUCUUGAGAGAGAAGCCGCUCAACAAGUCUGCAGAGUUCAUCACACGCUGUCGAGGCGAGGGAUUCCAUAUUGACCCCAGAACGUCCUCAGAGUUCUGCAGAAGCUCCGCCCACUCUCUGGUUGCAGCCUAUAACGAUGGAGCCCUCCCCUGCGACUGUGACGAAUCGGGUACCACACUGCCGGCCUGCGAUCCGGACGGAGGACAGUGUACAUGCAGGCCUAACGUGAUUGGCCGACGGUGCAGCAAGUGCGCCACGGGAUACUACGGCUUCCCUUACUGCAGACCGUGCGGGUGCGGGCGCCGCCUGUGCGACGAGGUGACGGGCCGCUGCAUCUGCCCGCCCCAGACGGUGAAGCCGUCCUGCGACGUGUGCGACAGCCAGACCUUCAGCUUCCACCCGCUGCUGGGCUGCGAGGGCUGCGACUGCUCCCCCACCGGCGUCCGGCCCUCCGGGGGCCUCGAGUGCGACAACGUCACCGGACAGUGCCCUUGCAAGCCGAGGAUCGGAGGUCGGCAGUGCAACCGUUGUGCCGCCGGUUACCAUGGCUACCCGGACUGCAGGCCAUGUGACUGCAACCAGAGCGGCGUCACGCCGGAUGUCUGCCACCCAGACACGGGGAGGUGUCUCUGUAAGAGGAACGUCGGGGGAGCCCGCUGUGACGUCUGCAAGGGCGCCUCCUUCCACUUCGAGCCGUCCAACCCCGAAGGCUGCACGCGCUGCUUCUGCUUCGGCGCCACCGACCAGUGUCAGAGCUCCGGCAAGCACAGGGGGAAGUUCAUGGACAUGCGGGACUGGCGCCUGGAGAAGCCCGACCAGAAUGAGGUGGCGUCCACGCUGAACCCAGCCAGCAACACGGUGGUGGCAGACGUUCAGGAGCUGUCGCCCGUAACCCAGGUUCUCCACUGGGUGGCGCCACCUUCCUACCUGGGGGACAGAGUGUUAUCGUACGGGGGCUUCCUGACCUUCCAGUCCAAAUCCUUCGGUGUUCCCGCUGAAGGCAUGAAGCUGAUGGACAGGAGCCCCGACAUCAUCCUCAGUGGUCAGGGCAUGACCCUGGUCCACCAGGGUACGGAUCCCCCAACGCCAGACAGACUUCAUCACGGUCGAGUCCAGCUUGUGGAGGGGCUCUGGCGCCACGCUCUGACCAACAGGCCCGUGUCCAGGGAGGAGCUGAUGAUGGUGCUCGCCGACCUGGAGGGCCUGAGGAUCCGGGGCCUCUACUUCACCCAGAGCCAGCGCCUCAGCCUGGGGGAGGUGGGCCUGGAGACGGCGUCAGACAGGGGCCCCGGGGCCCCGGCCGGCAGCGUGGAGCAGUGCGUCUGCCCUCCGGAGUACGCCGGAGACUCCUGUCAGAAAUGCAGUCCUGGUUACUAUAGAGACGGCAGCGGGCUUUACCUCGGACGCUGUGUACGAUGUGAGUGCAACGGCCUGUCCAGUCAGUGUGAAGACAAGACAGGGAGAUGUCAGAACUGUGACUCUGACGCGGCUGGCCCCAGAUGUGAGCUCUGCAAAGAGGGUUACUAUGGAAACCCUGCUCUGAGAUCAUGCCGAGUGUGCCCGUGCCCAUUCAAUGUGGCAUCCAACAGUUUUGCUUUGGGCUGCAAGGAGGGUCCCGGUGGCUUCCAGUGUGUGUGCAAAGAAGGCUAUGCCGGAGAGAGAUGUGAAAAAUGUGCUCCAGGUUUCUAUGGCGAUCCCAUGAUGGCGGGGGGCAGUUGUCGGCCCUGCAAUUGCCACGGAAACGGCAACAGCUGUGACCCCAGCACCGGAGUGUGCAAGAACACGGAGCCCGGAGACACAAACACAGAGGGGCAAUGCCAAGAGUGUGACAGCUGCGCCCAGGCGUUGCUGGCCGACCUGGAGCGCCUGGACGACGAGCUGACCAGGAUCAAGGGCCACCUAGAGAACGCCUCCGCCAGCGCCGAUUCCUACGACCGGCUCAGCAAGCUGGAGAAGGCCAUCUCCGAGACCAAGAUUCUACUCAACAAAUUCAACAACGACAUUGAAAGCCAGAAGCCUAAAGUUGCUCAGCUAGAGCAAGAUGUAGAGACCCUCAAUGAUGAUAUCAGCACCCUUAAAGCCAAGGCUGAUAAACAGAUGGCCGUGGCAAAGAAAGCGGUCCAAAAUGCAGAGAAAACUGAACAAAGAGCCCAAGAUUUGCACACAGACAUCAAGGAGAUGCUGAAGAAAAUCCAAGCUCUGCUGAAGGAGCUGAUGAACUCUGACGGUGGCGACUCACAGUCUCCUGACCUGUCGAGGCAGCUGGACGAGGCUCAGCGGCUUGUGAAGGAAAUGGAGAAGAGGAACUUCAACCCCCAGAAGGCCGCAGCUGAGAAAGAGCGAGAAGAGGCCAGGAAAUUGCUGGACUUCAUUAAGGCUGACGUCAGUAAACAGUGCGACACCAACCAGGCUGCUGCCGACAAGAUCAAGGGCCAGCUGAAGGGUUUCGAGGCCAAGCUGAAAGACCUGGAGAGGACCCUGAAGCAGGCUGAAGACAACGUGAAGAAAGCCAGCACCCAAAACGGACUCAACGACAAGUCCCUGAAAGAACUUCUGCUCGUGGUUGAGGAUGUGAAGAAGGAGAGGAAGGCGGUGGAGGACAUGAUGGAGCAGGCUGAGGAUGAGUUGCAGAAGACAGAGGUUCUGGCCACAAUGCUGGCUGACAGUAAAAAAGAGUACGAACAGCUGGCAGCACAGCUGGACGGAGCCAAGAGGGACCUGACCCAGAAGGUUAAUGAGAUCUCCCAGGCGGCGAACAAAGAGGACCUCGUCAUAAGAGCAGAGGAGCAUGCAGACAAGCUCAGCAAGAUGGCCAUGGACCUCCAGAACGCUGUGGGGAAUGCCAGCGGGCGUACGGACGUGCGUGAUGCUAUCGAUGCCAUCAACGCCUACAAAAACAUCACAGACGCCAUAAACGCCGCGGAGGCCGCAGCCAAUGAGGCUAAGGCAGCUGCCGACAAGGCGCUGAAGAACGUGAAAAAUGCUGACCUGACCGAGAGGGCGAAGGAGUUGAAAACGUCCGGAAUUGAACUGCUCAAGGAUGCGAAGGACUCACAGGAUGAUCUUAAGGCCGCAGAAGAUGACCUCAGUGCCCAGAAAAAGCGUCUGAAGAACGCAGACAUCAAGAAGAAAGCACUGGAUAAGGACCUCAUGAAUGUCCAGGCAGAACUGGAUAACAUAAACAGAGAUGACAUUGGCGAUAUGAUUGACGAAGCCAAACGGAAGGCGGCCCGCGCCAGUACCACGACAGCAAACACCCAGGACAGACUGAACAACAUCAAGGAUGAACUGGACAAGAUCAAGGUGACUCCGGGGGACUCUAACAUCAAUGAUCUCAUGGACGAAGUGGACCAGUCAGUGAGGGAUCUGCUGAACCAAAUCCCAACCCUGGAGGACAAGCUGUCUGAGAUGGAGAACCUAUCCUCGCAGUUCCUCCCUGUCAGCAACAUAACGGAAAACAUCAAGAAGAUCAAGGAGCUCAUCGAACAGGCCCGUGACGCAGCCAACAGGAUCAGGGUCCCGAUGAAGUUCAUGGGCGACGGCUACGUGGAGCUCCACACACCUACCGACCUGGAUGACCUCAAGGCCUACACGGAGCUGUCUCUGAGUCUGCAGAGGCCCCUCAGCGGGAGGGGAGACGGCAAGCGAAGACGGCGACAGGUCUCCGACGACCCCAGCGACAUGUUUGUGAUGUACCUGGGCAAUAGAAACUCAACCGGGGACUUCAUAGGCAUGGCGGUGAGGCAGCACGAACUGUACUUCAUCUACAGGCUCCACGGAAGGGCGUACGAGAUCAAGACGGGAACCGUCAGCCGCUCGCUAUCAAACCCGGCCAUAUUUGACAAAGUGGUCCUUCAAAGGAUUUACCAAGACGCACAAGUGACCUACACCGAGGCCCACACGUCCAGAGAGCCCAAACCGGCCGUGAUCAGCACCAAGCAGGGAGACUUGCUGGAGAACCUGCUGAGCCUGAACCCAAGUGAUGUGGUCUUCUAUGUGGGAGGCUUCCCGGCCGACUUCACUCCCCCGGCGUCUCUCAACUACCCCAUGUACAGGGGCUGCAUUGAGUUCUCCUCAUUCAACGAGCGAUUCUUCAGCCUCUAUAACUUCAAGGAAGCCGUCAAAAUCAACCGGGAGAUCCCAUGCAAGAGGCAUAGGAAAUCAACCGAGACAAAAUACUUUGAAGGCACCGGCUACGCUAAGUUAGCUAUCGGUACAAUACGUGGGUCGUUUCUUUUGCUUGAACAGAGCCUCAACACUCGCUCGGUCGACGGGCUGCUCUUCUACAUUGGAAACCAGGAUAAAUAUUACACCUUGGCGGUUGAGAGCGGCUAUGUUGUCAUCCAUAGUGACCAGUUGGAUGCACCAGCCAGAAGCAAAAAGAAGAUCUUCCCUGUGGCGGAUUCAGCAGAUAUCCUCAUCAUCUUCGAUAGUAAAAACAAUAUGAUGAAAGUGAGAAUCGGUAAUGAUUUGGUGGUCGAAGCAGCUGCUAAAUAUGAUGGGGCAGAAUUUGUGGAGUACUACAUCGGUGGUGUGUCAUCUGACGUGAGGGAAAGGAACAACAUCACCAUACCAGCUAUCAAAGGGUGCAUCAGAAACAUAAAGACCAACAAAGAAAGCCCUGUAUACCUGGAGACGGUCGGCGUCAGCAGAGGUUGCCGCCUGGACUUAUUGGCUAUUCGUAAAGCAGAGUUCGACCUGGGGAGCUCGCUGGCAAUCCACCCGGCUCCCAUUAGUCUAGACAGGGACGUCAGCCUGUCACUGGGCUUCAGGUCCACAGAGGACCAGGGUCUUAUUCUGGAGCAGAGCCAAGUGAUCAGCGGGCUUAAGCUGGAGUUGUCGGACGGCUGCGUCAAACUGAGAUUUGGAGACAAGGUGUUUAAAUCGUUCAGACAAUACAACGACGGCCAGUGGCAUUACUUGACUGUCACCAAAUCUGGAACGAGUAUCGAAUUACUCAUAGACGAAUUAAGAGGAGCAGUGCCGCAGCCCAAUGUGUCGUUCCGACCGGACCCCAACAGUCAGGUCUCCCUUGGGAAGGACAUCUUCAAGGGAUGCAUCUCAAACGUCUACCUGAAACGGCCGGACCAUCUGUAUCGACCGGAGGACCUGAGCACCUUCCAGUCCUCUGGGAGUGUGGAGCUGGGCGUUUGUUCGCCUGAAAGACCGCCAAUGAUGAUCCUUGACACAUCCCGCCAGGGCGCCGUGCAGGCCGUGCAGACUACUGCGAACGCGUUGCCGCCGCCGGUGUCGGAGUGUACAGAGCCUGCCUCGCUGCAGCACGCCUACCGCAUGGGCGCCGCGGUCAGCAGCCUCCGCUUCAGUCUGCCCCCUCAGGCCCUGCUGCCAAAGCCCCACUUCUCUCUAGAGGUCCGGACGAGGUCUCCAGAUGGCCUGUUGUUCUUUGCUGCGACCAGAAGGGGGAACUCUCACAUGGCUGUCUACAUGUCCAAGGGCAGAAUUCGAUUCUCUGUGGGCAAAAAUAAAGAGAUCUUCAACCGGGAGAAGUACAACGACGGGAAGUGGCACUCGGUCAUGUUCAGCUUGGAGAAGAAGAAAUUCAGAUUGAUUGUGGAUGGAAUCAGGGCUCAGGAUGGCCAGCUGACUAGUAAUGAGGUGGCUUCGCUGGAGCUGCUGUCCCCGCUUUACUUAGGAAGUGCCCCUGAAUCCCUUCACCAGUAUUUAAAGAAAAGCCUACGCAAGCACAGUGUGUUGGGCUGCCUCCGCAACUUCCAAAUGAACGGCCGUGCCAUGCUGCAACCAACCACCAAUCACGGAGCCGGACCCUGCUUUGAUGGACCGUUGCAGAGCGGUGCCUAUUUCCCGGGGAGCAAUGCUCAUGUCGUUUACGAGGACGACUUUGUUGUGGGCGAAGACUUUGAGCUGCUGUUUGACAUCCGACCGAGGAAUCUAACCGGGGUCCUGCUUCACGUUGGGAAUUUCAGCCGGGCCAAGCAUGGAGCCAGUGAGGGACACCACCUCAGUCUCUACAUGCUCAAAGGAGAGGUAAUAGCACAGGUGAACAAUGGAGCAGGUGAAUUCUCAGUGUCAGUCAUGCCCAAGACUGCAUUGUGUGACGGGACAUUCCAUAAAAUAUCAGUGAUCAAACAGCAAAAUGUGGUGCAACUGCAUGUGGAUACCGUGGACAACCACAAGAUCGGACCUCCCUCUUCAGUCACGACACUGACUAGAGGCCCUCUGUAUGUGGGAGGAAUCCCAGAGAGUCCCCGGAAGCAACCCUCGCUCCCGGUCUCCUCCUCCUUCGUGGGCUGCAUCCAGGACAUGACGAUCAACGGCAAACCCGUCUACUUCGAGAGGCUGUCUAAAGCGUCCGGGGCGGUCAACCUCAGGGAAUGUCCGGCGGGCUGACGCAGGCCUACUACUGCGCUACUAUGACCACGCCCAUGUCCAUAUGCUAUGACCAUGUGCAAUCUCAAUGUGUAAAUUAUGUACAGUAUAUUGAAUGUGUGUGUGUGUGUGUGUGUGUGUGUGUGUGUGUGUGUGUGUGUGUGUGUGUGUGUGUGUGUGUGUGUGUGUGUGUGUGUGUGUGUGUGU